GUACAGGUGUGUUCAGAUACCUGUCUGUCUUCUCAGGUGUGUUCGGGUUGGAGUCAGGUGACCUGGCGGUUACCUCAGGACGGUUUGGUGGACGGGGUCAUGGUGGAGAAUCAGGGGUCCAGCAGCGUCCUGCAGCUCUUUAACGUCACCUGGAGGAAUUCUGGGAGAUACACCUGUGAGGAGACGUCGUCCGAUCAGAGCAGAGAGAUCGAUAUCUUCAUACCUGGUCAAGGUCCGGAGGAAUGGUUCGUCCCUCUGGGUCCAGGUGUGGUGAUGAAGGAGGCGGAGGAAGAUACCAUCCCCUGCGUGGUGUCUGACCCACAGCUCAACGUCACGCUGUACCAACGUCCUGGCAAGACGCCGGUUACCACGACGACAUACGAGCCGGGCCGCGGCUUUACGGGUCGUCUGAACGACACGUCAUACGUGUGCGUGGCGUCCCGCGGAGACGAAGAGAGAGAGUCACAGGUGUACUACGUCUUCAGCAUUGUAGGUGAGAUUAGAUGUCUUGGCCUAAAGUGAUGGGAGGUGGAUCUGAUGGCGUCCAGCAGGGUGUUGAAGCAGGGAGAAGUUCUGACUGUAAAUUGCACCGUUAAAGACGCUGAGAUGGUCUUCUUCACCUGGGACUUCCCCCGCAGACAGGAAAUCGAGCCUCUGACCGACUUCCUGCCCAAUCAGAUCCGCUCCUUUGUUAACAUCUCCAUGGCAACGGUGGCAGACUCUGGUGUGUAUGUGUGUGAGGUUAAGGAGACGAUGAAGGAACAAAUGGUGAAGAAAAACAUCACUGUGACCGUCCUGGAGCGAGGUUACGUCUACCUGUGGCCGACAGGUGAGACCAACCUGUCGUCUCUCCUCCACCAAUCAGUGGAGUUCAGCAUGGAGGUCGACGCCCACCCUCCCCCCACUUUCAUCUGGACCAGAGACAACCAGACCGUUACCACAGAAACCACCGCCAUCACCACCACACACCUGAGCGGAAGCAGGUAUAUGAGCACACUGACGUUGGUUCGAGUUCGGCUGGAUCAGACAGGAAGUUACACAGUGACCGUUUCCAAUGAGGAUGAUGUUGACAACAUUGUCUUCAACCUGGAGGUCAAAGCGGCCCCCAGGAUCACCUCUCUGUCGGAGGUUGGCAGUACAGCGGUUCUGUGUGUCAGCGAGGGAGCUCCGCCCCCUUCAAUCACCUGGUACACUUGUCCGACCUCACAAAGGUGCAGUAAUUUGACUGGCGGCUGGAGGAGCCUUUUAGCAGCCUCAGAGGGCGGGGCUCUGAACAUCACUGAGGAGAGAGGAGUUACCCAGGUACGCAGUGUGUUGACUCUCCACAGUCUCAUCUCUCUGUCAGCUAUUCGCUGUGAGUCCAAAAACUCCGCAGGACACCACAGCAGAGAGCUCCGGAUCCAAUCCAACUGUACGUACAAAUACUGCAAUACUGGGUAG